AUGGAGCUUUUAGGCAGUCUCUGGGAACAACCAGCUGGUGGUGGGGUACUGCGCAAUGGCCUAGGGGAGUGGAUUGGUGGGUUUACAACAAGAUUGGAUACUUACACGGUGUAUAGAGCUGACUUUGGGAAGAAGUCUGGCCUAAUACUUGCAAUUUGCAAGUUAUUGGAGGAGUGGGAGGUUGUCGUAAAGCACAUAUUUAGAGAAGGAAAUUGCUCAGCUGAUUUCUUGGCUAAUUUAGGUUUUGAGAUGACAGACGUUCACACUAUUUUCCCUUCUCCUCCUUUAGGAGCAGGGGCAGGGGAGAUUAUGAUGGAUGACAUAUUAGAGCUGUGUAUUCCCCGGUCAAUUAGAAUAUAA